ACUUCAUUCAUUACUUUUGUAAAUAUUACAUAAAGUGAUUCCUUAUUCAUUUCAUUGGUUUACCACUUACUUCCUUUACAUUACAAUUUCCAACACAGCAAAUCAUAAAGCUUUAUUAUUGUUAUAUUCCAACAUAUAGAGAUGAGGUGGUUAGAAGAAACAAAAAAAUAUAAUCAUUGCAAGCUAUUAACACUUAUGUAAGAUAAAGUUAUUGUAUGAGACAUACAAGGUUAUAAAAGAUAAAAAGGAAUGGAAAUGGUAGACGUGGAACAUCUAUGCAUCAAGUGAGAGACUAUGCACUAAUAAAGGAAACUAGAUGCACAAUGAGUCUAGUCUAUAUUUCUGAGUCCCAAGCACAAACCAGAACCCAUCAUUUGACAGGUUUUGAGUGAUGAUGCAUAAAAUGACAGCACUUCAUGUUCAUAAGGAAGAUGUUGGCCAUGUGGGGUCAUCUUCCCCAGGUCUUGCAAGGUUGUAUCAUUGACCUUUUAUUGUCAUUUUAUUAUGUUUGGUGGAUGUGUAAAAAAAAAAAAAGCUGGAAAAAUUUAGCAAUACCUACAAUGGAGGAAUGGUUGGUAAAGAUGACAGAACUGCCAGGAAAAGCUAAAUUUGUCUGAUUAGCAAAAAGACAAUGUUUAUAUUUAUUUUCAAAACCUUAGUGGUUUUUUUGCAUAAAAAAGAAAAAACUGAACUUGUAUUAUUCUGAUAGGAUAGACUAUAGUCACGAGGUAACCUUAGAGAGCUUAAAAUAUAAUGCCCUGAAGAUCGGAAGCGUUUUUAUUUUUGAUAUCUUUUUUUCUACUUUUCUACCUUCCUCUUAUUUUUUUUUCCUUUAUGCACGUCUUAACUUUUAGUCUCAUUUUUUUAAACUUCUUUUUCUCCUUUAGUAUUGUCAAUAAAAAUAUUAAAAAGAGUGAGAUGGCAGUAUAUAUUCAUCAACAACUGGGCCGAUAGAUUUUGUUCUCUGCCACAGUUUAUAGCGCUAGUUAAGUGAAACUAUCGCAUGACUUUAAUAAAUUAAAGCUUGUACUAUAUCACCAGCUUUAAUCGUAUCUUUGCCACAUAGUUCUUGCUAAGGGCAGUAAAAGUCGGUUUUGGUGCAUUUGGGCCACUGUGCUGCAAAUGCGAAUAAAGCCCUCUUUUAAUUCAGAUUAACCUAUUCAAGUUACGAUGUCUGGAGCGCACUACUAACAAACCGGAUAAUCUCUUCAAUCAAAUCAUUGGAAACACGCUCCAAACGUUACUCUGCUUGGUCCUCCCGAGUUCAGCAAAACAAAAUGCGCAGCCUUCCGUAAUCACUACGGCAUUUGUAGCAGACAGCACGUUCUUUCCGUCGCUUACUUUAUUCGUCACAGACAUAGAAUAACGUGAUUGGGUAAAGAUUACGCGGUCGCGCGGGGGCAGGGCUCGAUAACGCCACGUGGUUGGCUGUCCGCCUAUAUUCCUCAGCAUGCGACCCGCGCCGUUUUGGAGAUCGUUGCUCCGUUUAUUCUUAGUCCGGCCGAACGCAGAGCGCGCUUCCUUCGGUAUUCCAGCUGACCUUGUGCCCGGCAGAAGCAUGGAGGGGAAGCCGAUCCCCGAGCCUAAAGAGCGGGAAAGCUCUCCUCCGGUGGCGAAGAACAGGCGGCUGACCAGGGGGCAGGGGAAGCGGCCGGGGCCGCUCGAAGAGGGAGAGAAGCGGUACGUGCCGCCGCCAAAGAAGCGGAAUACCGGCGUCAGCUUCGGAGAGGCCCAUUUCGCCGAAACUAGUUACUACUUCGAAGGUGGACUUCGCAAGGUGCGCCCGUACUACUUCGACUACCGUACUUACUGCAAGGGGCGCUGGGUGGGAAAGAAGCUUCUGGACGUCUUCCACUCAGAGUUCCGGGGUCGGCCCAUCGAGUACUAUCUGGCCGCAGCCAAAGCCGGACGUCUGCUGCUCAACAAACACCCGUUGAAAGACCUCAGCGUCGUACUCAAGAAUAAUGACUUUCUGGAGAAUACCAUACAUCGCCAUGAACCUCCAGUUACAGCACAAACAAUUGAGUUUAUAGAGGAUAACGAUGAAGUUGUGGUUGUAGACAAGCCCUCAUCUUUACCUGUUCACCCUUGUGGCGGGUUUCGGCACAACACUGUCAUUUUCAUUUUGGGCAAAGAGCAUAACUUGAAAGAACUGCAUACUGUUCAUCGGCUUGAUCGCCUGACAUCAGGUGUCCUCAUCUUUGCCAAGUCUGCAGAAGUGUCCAAGAGAAUUGAUGAACAAGUUCGACAACGACAGCUGGAGAAAGAGUAUGUAUGCCGUGUGGUUGGAGAGUUUUCAGAAAAUGAAGUGAUCUGUGAAGAACCUAUCUUGUCUAUGUCUUACAAAAUGGGUUUGUGUCGAGUGGAUCCCAAAGGCAAGCCAUGUAAAACUGUCUUCCAGCGCCUGAGUUACAAUGGCAAGACUAGUGUGGUAAAGUGUUUCCCAUAUACUGGCCGUACCCAUCAGAUCCGUGUCCAUCUACAAUUUUUGGGGUACCCUAUUGUCAACGAUCCUAUCUACAAUAAUGAAAUAUGGGGUCCUGAAAAGGGUAAAGGAGGCAGUGUUAAUAAAACUGAUGAUGAAUUGCUUCAGUCAUUUGCAGAAGAAUAUGUCUCAAAAGAGAGUCUGGGAAUCUUGGACAUUGUUGAGGAGGACCUGAAAACCGUUUUAGAAGAUAAAAAGCAGGAAACUCCAGAAAAUGGAACAAAGCCUGUACAGGUCACUACCGCAGUUGAUCAUUCUGACAACAUUGCAGAAUCAAAAGACAAAGAAAAGAUGCUUUCUCUGAAUUCUGGCCCUCAAGCAAAUGUGCACAAAACUGAAAAUAGAGAAAUGGGUUUAACUGAGUUCCAAAAUGAGGUGGACCCAUUAUGUGAAGAGUGCAAAAUGGUAAGGCCUGAUCCAUCACCCAAAGAGUUAGUGAUGUAUCUCCAUGCUUUACGCUAUAAAGGAAUGGAAUUUGAAUAUUGUUCCAAAAUGCCUGCUUGGGCCCAGGAUGAUUGGGAAGAGACUUGAAUCUUAUUUUAUAAAGUGAAGAGCGGGUGAGAAACUUUCUGCAAAUGGAGUGGAAGAAGAGUCAGUAUAUCUGAAGAAACUGUUGCAAAAUUUUCUUUUUAUUGCAAGAAAAUGAAAUAAUAAUUUGGAGAAGCAAUAUUUCUUACCAAGUAAGAAUAUACAAGCAAUCCAUGAGUUAUAACAAUAUUGGAACUUGCCCAUUACGGUACUGUUGGAGUCGGGAUAAAUGAGCUUUAUCCUUGCUCAUCCCAGUGCAUUCGUGAAACGAAUCUUCAGGUCAUUAAGUGUGCAUGGGAUGCCUCAGGGAUGACCCUUGAGGGACUAGUACAGGACCAUCCCUGCCUUGGGCCUUCCAAGGCCUCUCCCCACCCCUGAGAUAGCCCAUGCUCCGCUUCCCACCCUUAGAGUCCUCACAACCAGUUGGGCCUCUAUUUCAAUACUAUACAUUUCUGUACUCUCGUCUAUUUUAUUAUGACUGCCACUCAGCUGCUCUGUUCCUUAAUAGAGCAGCAUAGCGUCUCCAAUAAAUUAACUUAAUAAAAGGGCUCAUUAAACAGCUGCAAUCAUAGUUAAUGUGUCUUAUGGGGAGCUUGUAGUGCCUAUUUCAUUGCUUUUAAAAAGCUGUGUAAUAAUAAAGCUGUUCCAGUUUCCUGGGAGCAAUCAUUGGUUCUAAAAAUCUGAUGAAACAGCUCUUUCCAAUAAAUACACACAUUAAAAACA